AGCAUCUUCUGUAGCAAUUGCACCUGGGAUCGCGGGUCAAACGUCAUCAUCAAUGUCUCAGACUGCAACGGCGCAGUUCUUUUCAAAUCUCUCUCCUGAUGCACGCGCUGGUGGGUCGCAACAGUUGACUUUGACGCCCUCGGUUUCUAUCGCCCCCACUGCACCAUUCUCAAACGCGUUAAAGGUCGCCGCUGAGGCUGCCGUAAGCACCUUGCAUCCCGACGCGAGGGCGAGCGAUCUGCACUGGCCCAUACGGAUUUCGUCUUCC